AUGUGUGAGAGUAUUUUUAGUAGUUUAACAUUGAUCGGAUUUGCAGAAGAUUCAAAAACCUUUGAGAAAUGCGCCGACGAAUACUUCGAGCUUCUCGAUGUCGAUAAAGACGGAGUGCUUUCAAAGAAAGAGAUUCGAAACGGGUUAAACAGAAUUGUGGCAUUAGAAUCGGAAGUGCAGACAGGAGAGGAGAUCAAUGAGGUUUACAACAAUAUUUUCGAGAGAUUCGAUAAAGAGAAAAAGGAGGGGAUAAACCGCAAGGAGUUCGAGUCGCUAAUGAAGGAGAUCAUGCUUGCAAUGGCAAGAACUUUUGGCAAGUCUCCGGUGAUAAUGUUUGUUCAUCAAGAUGGAUUUGUAAUGAAGGCUGUUCAACAUGAAUUGGUCAAGAAUGGUAGGAGUAAAUAG